AUGGAGUCCCGUCCAGCCCUUCGCCUACUGCUGCUGCUCCUCUGGGGGGUCCUGGCCCCCGCUGUGCUCACAGCAGGGGGCCCGCAGGAGCCGGCGCCAACGCUGUGGAACGAGCCCGCCGAGCUGCCCUCGGGAGAAGGCCCCGCGGAGAGCACGAGCCCCUCCUGGGAGCCCGCGGCCACCGGCGUCCCGGCCUUCACCGCCGCGCCGGGCCCUGAGGACAGCACAGCACAGGAGCAGCUGGACCAGGGCGGCGGCGCGCUGGGACCCGGCGCCAUCGCCGCCAUUGUCAUCGCUGCCCUGCUGGCCACCUGCGUGGUGCUGGCGCUCGUGGUCGUCGCGCUGAGGAAGUUUUCCGCCUCCUGA